AGAGGACUCGGCCGCAGUCCAGACAGUCCAUAGACAUCAUACAGCGAUUGAUUGACAUUGCAAACGUUGAAUGUUAUAACAAUCGGAGUAUCUAUUCAUGGUGACAGUAUUUGCAAGCUUGAUGGAAGGCCCUAAUUUUUAUAUGCGAAUAGGUUUUAUCUAGUGGUAGGAUACUUAAAAAAAUAUGUUAUACCUUUUAUAAAAUAUAUAAGUAAUAAAAUAUUAUAAUAAAACUGUUAUUAAUAAAGUAACAUGUCAUCUCGCACGAAACUGCAGUGGACAGCUUCAGAGAGUUUGUAGACUCAAUCGGUGGCGUCUACGGAUCUCUUCACCAAUAAUACGGUUAAGGGCCACCUAGGUUUGACCCUCUUCUUCUUCGAUCACCUUUUUGGCCAAUCUGUACUCUCCGCUAUGUACUGACGAAUCCCAGAUAUUUGAUACUGUUCGUGAUAUUUAAUAUUAUCCAAAAUAGCUCCAUGACUUCCGGCCCCACUUAUAGCCUGUCCAUACCGCGCCACCUUUAUCCUCGGCAGACUUUACCCCAUGAUCUACAAGCGGAGUAGACUGUUAUUUGAUAGUUAGUUAACACUUAAUAAAACUUGUGUCCGUGCCGUAAUGACCUAUGUGAGUAUAGUGUUCUCCCAAGCAACUUGCACCUAGAUCCUUCAGUGCCGUAUUUGCAGGGUAGCAAUUGGAGAGCCAUGGCUUGUAAAAAACGUCGAUUGUCACGACGAUUUAUUUCCAACCCAUCCGGAAACAGCUGAAGUCAGCGUCGGAACAUUACUUUGAUAAGGCACGAUAGCAACGCCACCUUGGCCGUCGCAGACUACAUUCUGCACAUGGUCCAUGCAGGAGCAAUUAAGCGUCGUCUUCUUAGAUACGUCGUAACGAAUUCACCCGAACUUCUAGUAUUUUUGCUAGAUCCCUGUAGCUCUGAGACUAGGAUCAGGCAUAGAGACUCUGGACCAUACUCGUCGAGCUCGUCGCAGAGUUCAAUGUGGAACCUAGCCCAUAGAGCAUGAGCUCACCGAGAUUCUCUCCGGAUCUUCUAAGCGGGUCGUGAUUCUGAUCCGGUAGUUAAUGCAUUCGAAAUUUAGCGGCCCCUAAGCUGUUUGGACUCCUUUGCAGGUUAUCGUGCAGCCGUGAGGAAAUCUUACCCCUGAUGGCUAAUAACAAUCAUCGCGUGAGUUUUUGACGCCACAAAGCAACAUUAUAUUAUAAUCUUGUUAAGAAGUGUAACUAACUACCUUUAAUCCAACCUAAUCUAAAUCUCUAUCUCUAUCUAUUCUCUAUCUAAUCUAAUCUAAUUUAAUUUAACCUAGUAUAGGUAUGUGGGUUUACGACGAAAGGAAAGAUCUUUCACCGAGCGGGUGAUAUUGCUCGGUAGACCGACGGUCCGAAUGUUGUUGUUCGGAACUUGUAUAUAUGCAAGCUUAUCUUGAAAAUGUCGUUAGCGAAAUUCAGGCAUCUGUCAUAUAUCUUGCGUUGUAUGAGAGCUACCCGCCACAGAUAAUUUCAGUUUCAAAGCUUUUGCCUUUACUUGUCCAUCUACUGUUUAAUUAUUAAAAUAAAAUCCUCGUUUCGACCAAGGUAACAUUGAAUAUCGGAUCAAAGUCAAAUACAUCUGAUUUGAACAUCCGUCCAUGUUUUAUUCGGUUCUUGUUUUCAUAUGGAACUUCCAUUGGUGCGCUGUGUUCUUGUCUAUUUUUGAUCUUAAUCAUACACCUCAACAUAAUGAUUACUAGCAUAACAGGACACUCGACCUGAGAGGCGGCUCGUGCCAUUGUUUACCACUCAAAUUCCCGGAGCCGUAGCGCAUUCUGUUCUUGUCUGUCUACAAGGGCGGGGUGGCCUUACCCAGAUCAACUCCCGUGUGGAGCUAAAGACAAGCGGUAGCAUACAUUAUCCCGGAUACUCCUGGCAUACAAGGCCAUCUCGAAGAAACCACGUACAGUGGUCAGUAGUGACCCACACCACAGUCCCAAUGGUGGGAGAAUACAUUCUCAAGGGACUUCCCGCGCGAUAACCAAAACAACGACGAUAUACAUAAAAAUUGUGUACUGACAAUAAUAUCUAUAUCUGAUUAUUAUGUAGAUCAUAUUGAAAAUUAAUUUUUACCUCGCAAAUAUAUUGACGUACAUUAUGUCAAGCUAUGUACUCUUAACGUGGAAUUUUUAAAUUAUUGUAUAGGUGGGUGAACGAACUCAGAGCCCAACUGAUAUAUCAUCGGUCACCGGAGCCCAUAGACAUCUACAACGUAAAUGCCGCCAUCUAUCUUGUGAUAUGAGUUCUAAGGUCUCAGUAUAGUACAACGGCUGCCUCACACUUCAAACCGAAACACAUUAUUGGUUCACGGCAGAAAUAGGCAUCAUUCAUAGACAUCAUUUUGGAUACCAUCACUUUUGAUAAUCACAAUAGAAAUAUGGCUCAGUUCCAAAUUUAGAACGUGUCUUUCUUUAAUACUUAACGUAUCAUUUCAUGUUGUAAGUGCAGUAGUCCGGUAAUCUUUAUUUAUAAUACUGUAUUUGAUUCACAAAAUAAUAUAUCUUAUCUACUCGUAUAUUGUGGAGUAUAAAUAAACGCGCUGAAACUCGAAUAGACAUCACUACUGACUUUUCAAUUUGAAUUUCAGUUCACUUCUUUGCUACAAGAUGAAGUUCGCUCUUCUGUUCGUAUUGACCGCAGUCGUCGCCGUGUCAACUGACGAAGUGGCUGACCCCAGCUCCACUAACAGAGCUAACGGCUUGAGCAUCGGCAGUAUUGCUCCAAAUGAUAGACUGUUACGGAGCUUCGUUGUGACUCGUGCUGCGACAGCCAGCUCGCAGGCUGUCAACGUGAGGUACACGGCGCCCGCCGGUAGACGCGUCAGGGCCGUCCGAGCCCGGGAAGUAGGGGUGUCCCAGUUCGCGACCGUCCGCCUUGUCGGGGGCGGGGUCGGUUCAACUUUCGUCACUCUCCAGUUCAGAAACUCGGCACGAAGAGGAUAUCACUUCAAUGUACAAAUUUGGGGACGCUAAGACUCAUCUGUCCACCCGUCAAACACAUGUGCAUCUGUUUGUGACUCAGACGUUUUAAAUUUAAGAAACAAUACUAUAGUUUAUUAAUGGAUUUGUAUUCAAGAUUGUUAAUUAAAAUUUAUUUAAGUGGA